AUGGAUAGCGAAAAGGUCGGAAAAUCCAGCAAAGGCAUCUCGUUUGACAGUAGCACCAAAGUAGAGAAAGAAGAAAAAAGAGAGCCAGUCAAAGCUGGAACUAAGAGAGGUGCACCGAUUACCAAACAUGUCGAGCGUGCACCGACUGCCAGAUUUACCGACGAUGCGCCGAAGGGGAAGAAGAUCAAGCGCUGA